AUGGCGUUUUGGUCCGAAUUUAUCGUCAUCGUUGCUGUCAUUUCAUCUAUCAAGGCUGUAUUUGGCUCAGGGCUCGGCCCAUCUCGGCUCUCUGUCAAAUGCCACUCUCGGCUCAUUGUUGAAUGCUCUUGCCCGCCAAAGUGGCAAUUGUGGGGGAAAGCGUGUUAUCUACUCUCCGAAACACCGGCUACUUGGGACGACAGCCAAUCGGAUUGCCAAGCCAUGGGAGGUAAGAUGGCCGCUCCUCGCUCGCAGGAGGAAAUGACCUUGAUGGUGGAAUUGGCGCGAAAUGUGGACUUAAAGUUCUAUGCCUGGAUUGCUUGCGAUGACAAAGUCGUCGAAGGAUCUUGGGAUUGUGAUGGUCAGGAAGGAAGCGAGCCCUUCUUGGCUUGGCAUCAAGGAGAACCAAAUAAUUCGGAAAGCCAACAAGAUUGCGCUCAAAUAGGCCAGGGUGGAAUGGAUGACGUAUCUUGUGAUUUGUCAAGCAGGGCGUUUUGUGCUCGUCAAGCUGCCUGCAUUCACGGCCUGACCCAUAUCCGUCACUAA